GACUUUGAGAGCGGUAGAGAGACAGACACAGAAAGAGAGGGAGACCAAGUGAAAAACAGGGUGGCACAUCGUAGCUGUGGUAGCAGUUAUCUGGCAGCAGUGGAGUAAAAGUGCAGGACAGCCCUGUCGUCCGUGUGGGGUCUAGGAGCCUCAAGCACUGCUUGACCACGACACAGAGUAGUGCAGCAGAGUAGAGUGAGUGUAAAGCAGGAUUCUACCUUUUGGUCGAUCCCAAAUAACCAUUCUGGAGUCUCAUGGAUCCCAGAAGAGUGACAUGCUGUAGUUGGGCCUGGGCUCUCUGCAUUCUGUGGAUUGCAGCAGCAGACCGGCCAUUAUCCGUCCCCAUAGCAAAGGUCUUCACAGGCAUGGCUGACCGCCUCACUUCCACCCCAGAACCUCACAGCACUGCCCACGCCAUUGUAGGCUCCAGAGUGUUUGAAAAUGCCCCUGGAGUGCCUGCGUUCUACACCGCAGAGUCUGCAUCAAUACCUGCCGGCGCGAGCGUAGCAUCUACCGUUAGCGCAAAGGGGCCGACUGCACCCCCUGUGCGAGUGGUUCCGUCAGAAGCCCCUCUGGCUCUGUCAACACCACCUCACACGCUGUCCUCCCCGGUGGGUACAACCAUGAUCCAGCCACCAGCGAGCCCCAGCCCCACACAGGGCCCCACCAGCAGAGAGGAGAUUACUCCAUCUGCUUAUGGACCUCCAGCCACCCCAUCCAGGAGCUCCACUCUACUCACACCAAGAAACAGCAGCAGCUCCCCCCCGCCGGCAGGAGAGAGGAGCCAACAGGAACCCGCUGUAGAGCCGAGUACAGGCCCCCAGACGGCGCCGGCUCCUCUGUGUGACUACGACCAGUGCGUCCAUCUGCAGAGGCCCUGCCCCGAGCUCCGGCACCUCCGGGGCUGGACCUGCAGGUGCCCGGCCCAGAGCAACGCCGCCCCCGCAGGGACCCCAGGCCCGGUGGUGGCCCUGGAGGUGACGAGGGCGUGGCCGACGUCCGCCAGCGUGCGCUGGUGCGCCCCGGACUCGCCGCUGAGCGUGUUCCUGGUGUGGGUGCUGCGCGGCGACGGGAGCGCGGUGAGCAACGGCAGCGUGGGCCCGCGGACCCGGCAGACGGACAUCUUCGGCCUGUCGGCGGGCGGACGCGCGUACCGCGUGUGCGUGAGCGCGCAGAGCGCGGCGGGCGCGCUGUCGCACGCGCGCUGCGUGAGCGUCGCCACCCCCGUGGACGCGGAGGCCGUCGCUGUGCACGUUCUGUCGGGGGCCUGCGGCGUCCUGCUGCUGGCGGCCGUGGUGCUGAGCCUGUGUCUGUACCGGCAGUGCCAGAGGAGGAGGGGCGAGGCGUCGCGUGGUGAACCCACCACGCACCUCCUCCCCGCGGCGCACGCCUCCCAGGACCAGCGCCCGUUUUGCAGCAUGGUGUCCAUCGCCAACCCCGCCUACACGCCCGCUACUGAGCAGAGAGCGCCCGCAGCUGACCAGUGCGCCCACAGAGCGCCUGCCAAGAAAUCAGCCAACGCGAGAUAGGAUCUUGGGAUUGUGGUGAUUGCAGUUGGGUCUUUUUUCUUUCUUGUUAUAUUCACGCCUGCACUAUGUAACUUUAUACCGCAGCUAUUUACUGCAUCAAAUACCCGAACUGGAGGGUUUGUUAUAGAUAAAACACACCCAUCCACGAGUCAAUCCAUCUGUACUAUAUUAUUAUUAUUAUUAUUAUUUCAACUAUACCUGCAGCUACAAUCCAAGCCGCCAGAGGCUGCUAAUUGACAAACACCGUGCUGGUUUAUAUCCAUGGUUUAUAAAUCUACUAGAUGGAGAUUUGUUUUUCACAAUUAUUUUUUCUUAUUUGAGUCAGUAGUUGCAUAUUUUGCAGGUAAAAACUACCGUACAGAACUACCUUUGAGUCAAAUACUAACAAUAGCAUUUAUUUUAUUAAAAUAUGAUAAAUGAAUGAAGUAAAAUGAUAUCUGAACUGCCCGUUUUCCCCCAAAAAUAUCACCAUCCCAAAAACAGCUUCGGGAGACAGUGUGCGGGGCAGCAAACCAAAGCUAAAGGUUAACUAACAAGUUCUUGGUUUGGAAAGUUUAGGGAUAUUGUUUGUGUCGGGUUGAAUACAUGUAUUCUUACUGUUUAGACCUCACUGCUGUAAGUCACAGGUUAGGCCAGGUGUAGAAGUUGGGCUAUGGGAAUUGACUACAGAUGUUUAUUGUUUCAUAUAGCGUGUGAAAAAUUGAUGUUAUGCUAGGUCUUGGUAAAGGUCAGGCUGGUGAUACAUCUUACUGAAUAAUAAGUGAAUAAGUUAAACAACAGUUUUCAGGAAUUCUACAUACUUACUAUGAGAUAUUGAGUACCUCACUUUCUGAUUUCUUUAUAUUCCAAUUAAAAUAUAUUUGCACA